CGCAUUGGCCGCGCACGCGAUGGGCGGGGUGUUGACGGCGCCGCGAUGGCUGCCCGCGGGUGUGGGACUAGCGAAGCCCCCGGCCCCUCUCAGAGCCCGGCCUCCUGACGCCGCCAGUGGGCGGGGCCGCCCGGGCCGCCUCCGCCGCUGUCAUGUAUCCGACGCCGCCGCCGGCGGCGCCGCAUCGGGACUUCAUCUCGGUGACGCUGAGCCUCGGCCAGAGCUACGACGGCAGCAAAAGCUGGCGGCGGCGCUCGUGCUGGAGGAAGUGGAAGCAGCUGUCGAGAUUCCAGCGGAACGUGAUCCUCUUCUCGCUCACGUUUCUGACGCUCUGUGGACUCCUGUCCUACAUCAGCGUGGCUGACCAGUGGAGAGCUGCGAAUGGCCGGUCAGCGGAAGAGCGGAAGAUGAGACCAGCAGAUCCACCCGUCUUGCCAGCUCCUCAGAAAGCAGAUGCUAAUCCAGAAAACUUCCCGGGGGUUUUACCUCAGAAGCCUCAAAGGCAUUUCCGACGGGGACCACCCAACCUGCAGAUUCGAGCCCCCAGUAAGGGCUCGAAGGACCGGAGGCAGGAUGACACCAAGCAGAGGGACGAGGCGGUGGGCGACGCUCGUCAGGAAGAAAACACACAGAGAACAGUGGUCAGCUGGAGGGGAGCGGUGAUUGAGCCGCAGCCCGGCACCGAACUCCCUUCAAGAAAGGCAGAGGCCCCCCCCAGGCCUUCGUCCCAGGCCUCCAGGAUUCAGAGCCAAGCAGGUAAGGCCCCACCUGCACCCUGUUGGGCCUCACCUGGACAUUCUGACGGAGAGGGCGUGUGGACGCCCGAUGAGCGUGCAGCGUGCAGCGCGCGCGGUGGAGCGCGCCUGCUGUCCCUCCGAGCGCUGGUCACCCUCUGACAGCCGGGCGG